UGCGAUUGGCCGGGCGCGGCGAUGCCUUUGAAGUGUGGCUGCCGAUCGCGGCUAUUUGACGUGCGGCCCUCGGCAGGCGCAGGGUUUUGUGUUGCUCGCCCGGGCCAGCGGCGGCGGCGGCGGGGUGGAGGCGCAGCCACUGCUGCACCGCGCUCGGCGCUGCGGAGCGAGCCCACCCGCCCCGGGAGCUCGCCUCCCCAGUGCUCCCCGCCCUCCCGCCCCCCCAGCGGCGCUGCCUCCUCCAAAUGAGCGAUUCGCCCGCUGGAUCUAACCCAAGGACACCCGAGAGCAGCGGCAGCGGCAGCGGCGGCGGCGGGAAGAGGCCGGCGGUGUCCCUCCUGCCCCCGGCGGACCCCCUGCGCCAGGCGAACCGGCUCCCGAUCAGGGUCCUGAAGAUGCUGAGCGCGCACACCGGCCACCUCCUGCACCCGGAGUACCUGCAGCCGCUGUCCUCCACUCCCGUCAGCCCCAUCGAGCUGGACGCCAAGAAGAGUCCCCUGGCGUUGUUGGCCCAGACUUGCUCGCAGAUCGGCAAGCCGGACCCGCCGCCCUCGUCCAAGCUCAACGCGGUGGCCGCGGCGGCGGCGGCGGCCAACGGGCUGGGCGCCGAGAAGGAGCCGGGCCGCGCGGCGGCGGGCGUCAAGCCGCCGGGGGACGCCCCGGCCGAGGACAAGUCCAGCUUCAAGCCCUACUCCAAGGGCGCGGGCGGCGGCGACCCCCGCAAGGACAGCGGCCCGCCGUCCGCGCCGUCCGCGCCGUCGUCGGCCGCGUCCCCCGGAGACAAGGCGGGCUUCCGCGUGCCCAGCGCCGCCUGCACGCCCUUCCCCCCGCAUGGAGCGCCGGGCUCCGCGUCCUCGUCGGCGUCCUCGCCGGGCGGCUCCCGGGGCGGCUCCCCGCACCACCCGCUGGACUGCAAGAGCGGCGGCGGCGGCGAGCUGGACAAGAAGGACCCCGAGCCCAAGGCCAGCCCCGAGCCGGCCGGGAGCCGCGGGGGCGGCGCCGAGCCGGGCGCGCACGGCGGCGGCGGCGGCGGCGGCGGCGGCGGGCCCGAGCCGGGGGCGUCCGGGCGCAAAUCGGAGCCGCCCGCCGCCGCGCUGGUGGGCGCCGGCCACGUGGCGCCCGUGUCCCCCUACAAGCCGGGCCACUCGGUGUUCCCGCUGCCGCCCUCCAGCAUCGGCUACCACGGCUCCAUCGUGGGCGCCUACGCCGGCUACCCGUCGCAGUUCGUGCCUGGUCUGGAUCCUAGCAAGUCCGGCCUCGUGGGAGGCCAGCUGUCCGGGGGCCUGGGCCUGCCGCCGGGCAAGCCCCCCAGCUCCAGCCCGCUCACGGGGGCCUCCCCGCCCUCCUUCCUGCAGGGAUUAUGCCGCGACCCCUACUGCCUGGGGGGCUACCACGGCGCCUCGCACCUCGGCGGCUCCAGCUGCUCCACCUGCAGCGCGCACGACCCGGCGGGGCCCAGCCUGAAGGCGGGCGGCUACCCGCUCGUGUACCCCGGGCACCCGCUGCAGCCCGCCGCGCUCUCGUCCAGCGCCGCGCAGGCCGCGCUGCCCGGCCACCCGCUCUACACCUACGGCUUCAUGCUGCAGAACGAACCGCUGCCGCACAGCUGCAACUGGGUGGCGGCCAGCGGCCCGUGCGACAAGCGCUUCGCCACCUCCGAGGAGCUGCUCAGCCACCUCCGGACUCACACCGCCCUGCCGGGCGCCGAGAAACUCCUGGCCGCCUACCCGGGCGCGUCCAGCCUGGGCAGCGCCGCCGCCGCGGCCGCCGCCGCCGCCUCCUGCCACCUGCAUCUCCCCCCGCCCGCCGCCCCGGGCAGCCCCGGCUCGCUGUCCUUGCGGAGUCCACACACUUUGGGGCUGAGCCGGUACCACCCCUAUGGCAAGAGCCACUUGUCCACGGCGGGGGGCCUGGCGGUGCCCUCCCUGCCCACAGCCGGACCCUACUACUCGCCAUACGCGCUGUACGGACAGAGACUCGCGUCAGCCUCGGCCCUGGGAUACCAGUAACCA